AUGACGGAUUAUGCUGGCGCCAUCGCUUUUCUGGGUCAGUGGGGUCGCUUCCAGCAAGUCGUCUUCUUCCUGCUCUGUGCCAGCAUCGUGCCCAAUGGAUUUGGUGCCUUCACCCUUGUUUUCCUGGCAGACAUACCGAAUCACCACUGCGUUGUCCCUGACGUCAACCUGACCGACGACUGGCUUAAAAGCAUCAUACCGGUAAAGGUGGUGAAUGGGGAACAGGAGCUGAGCAGAUGCAGCAGAUACAGGCUAGAUGUGGUCAGGAAUCUCUCUGCUCAGGGACUCAUUCCUGGCAGAGAUGUCAACCUCACAGACCUGGAGCAGGAGGGCUGUGUGGACGGGUGGAGCUACAGCAGAGACAUCUACCAGUCCACUAUAGUCUCAGAGUUUGACCUGGUGUGCAGUGAGCAGUGGAAGCAGCCACUGACCUCCACAGUUUUCUUCCUGGGAGUGCUUUUUGGAUCCUUCUUCUCAGGACAGCUAUCAGACAGAUUUGGAAGGAAACCUGUUCUUUUUGCAACCAUGGCAGUUCAAACGGUUUUUACCUUUAUUCAAGUCUUCUCUGUUUCGUGGAUUAUGUUCACCAUCCUCCUCUUCAUCAAUGGUUUGGGACAGAUGUCCAACUUUGUAGCUGCUUUAGUGCUGGGCGCGGAGAUCUUGACUAGCAAUGUAAGAGUCCUUUACUCAUCUAUGGGCACAUGUUUAGGCUUUGUUGUUGGCUACAUGAUGCUGCCUCUCUUCGCUUACUUUUUAAGGGAUUGGAAAUCUCUUCUGUUGGCUUUGUCUGUGCCUGGCCUGGCCUACCUCCCCCUCUGGUGGUUCAUCCCAGAGUCUCCUCGGUGGUUGCUCUCUCAGGGAAGAGUGGAGGAGGCAGAGGCCAUAGUGAGAAAGGCCUCUAAGUGGAACAAAGUUCAGGCUCCGAGGGUCAUCUUUAAAGAUUACAGUGUUAAAAAGACAGAGUCUAAAGAACACCACAGUAUCUUCGACCUGGUGAGGAAGAGCAGCAUCAGAAGCACAACGCUCAUUCUCUGCUUGGUGAGUUUCACUUUGACUACUGGGUACUACAGUCUGUCCUUCAACACAUCUCAACUCCAUGCUGACCCCUACAUCAGUUGUUUCAUCUCAGCAGCUGUCGAGAUACCAGCGUACAUUUCCAGCUGGCUGGCUCUGCGAUACCUUCCACGACGACUGUCUGUCAUCUGUACCUUGCUUCUUGGAGCAGUGUCACUGUUCUUAAUUCAACUGGUGCCUCAACAUCUGUCAAUUAUAUCUGUUGCACUGGAGAUGUUGGGUAAAUAUGCUAUUACCACUGGUACCUCCCUGAUGUUUGCCUACACAUCAGAGCUUUACCCUACAGUGCUCAGGAACACAGCAACAGGAACAUGCACCACAGUUUCCAGAGUGGGAAGCUGCAUUACACCCUUUUUGUUAAAGCUGAGUGUAUACUUUAAGUAUCUUCCUUACAUUACAUUGGGGACUCUGGCUGUUGUGGCUGCCUUUGCCACUCUCUACCUCCCGGAGAGUUUUGGACGACCUCUACCUGAAACUAUACAACAGAUGCAUCAAAGAGAAGGAUUACAGUUUCCAUGCAUCACUGGAAAAGAAACCCCAAUACCAGUGUCACACCUGGACAGUCCACUAUGAUUAUCUAGUGCUUUACUGAUGUAGGUCAUAUGAUGAUAUUGCUAUUGAGUAUCAUGGUUUACAUUUGUUAAUAUUUGAACUUAAGUUUUUUAAAGUGUAGUAGGUUAUUCAUCAAGAACCUUGAGUUUUCCUUUUUUAUGCUUUUGAAAACGAAUGUGGAAUUGAAAUAAUAUAAUUAAAACAUGGAGUUGAGUUCUACAUGUGGCUAUUUUGAAGUCAUUAACACAAAAUAUUAAUUAAAAGCUGUUAAUAAAGGUUUAAAUGUCAGACAAAUCUUACAUCUCCAUAACCAUGUUACAAGAUGUAUUUUAGUUACAAGCUACAGGUUUGUUAUCUUUUAAUGGAAAACAACACAAAAUUCUCAGGAGUUGACUGUUAAUAAAUGUUCCAGUAGUCAGGUGGAGGUUGAAAGGUUCAUGUUUGUUGUAGAACACAAGUUCAAGCAAGUUUUUUCAGACUGGAUAUGGCACAAAAGCUUUGCUAGGGUGUGUACAGCAGCUCAAGUUAUUUUUUAGGCAUUUGUCUGGACACAUAUUUUACUAUUGUGACUGGUAUAAAGGUCACUACUAUUGACACAUUGCAUCCAUGCCAGCUAUGGCUUAAUACUGUAGCUAUAAUAUUGGCCCGAUUCUCAGUUCACAUGAGUCCUGGGUGUGAAGAAUUGCUUGAGGAAGGUACACCCCCUUUUAAAUUAUGUUUUGGCAUUCAUGUUUUUUCUAGUACAGGGCGAGGCUAGGUGGCAGGUGAGGUGAAGGCAGAUUAUUUUCUUUGUAGUCAUCUUCUUUUGUUGUAGCACCUAAAGACCGUGGGUGGCACAGAUAGGGUUUACGAACGAUUAUGAUGACACUACACCCUAAUUUCGGUGGUUAACCAUAUAGCAACAUCACAAUAGAGGUAAUUAAGUGUUCCUGUUUUGGAACCUUGUUCUCAUAAACGUUUCACCUCAGCAAUUCCAAAAGACAACCAAGCCAAAAUAAAUCACAUUCUUCAUUCUACAUUUAAACACAAAGGUCAAUUGUGGAUUAAAGUUUUAAAUACUUCAUAUGGUAUAACAUACUCUAGUAUUGGGAUCACUGCUGGAAAAAAGGUGAUCUAUUUAGUGAUAGUUUAAGUUGAAAAAUACUGUAGGAGUCAUGAAGCUGUAUAUAUAUGUGUUCCUUAUGUGUUGUUUAGGUUGUGUGUUAGUCCUCAUGUAGACGGACAUCCUGUCGUGGUUUUGUUCCUGAUUUAAGCCCAUUUUAUGUCAGUUAUCUUUCUUUGCAUGAGGAAUUACACACCCAGACCUACAAUGAUAAGUAAAUCUUGCAGAUAAUUCUUUUAAUAUAACCACCAAAAACAGUCAUCAUCAUCACUCUGACAGGAGAUGAAAGGAGUGAAAACAUUUUCAAACAUCUUAGUUUUUUAGCACACUAAACCAAAAGUUUGUUCGUCUUUUGUCCCUACAGCAAGUCCCUGGGAAGUGCCCCUACAUUCAUUUCGAAAAUCAAUUCAAUUCAGAAUGAUAGCUUGAAAAAUGUCAAACAAUUUUUGUCUGUGAGUUUGAUAAGUAGUUGCAUGAGAAUGUGUUAAUGCUGUGGAUCUAUAUUAUUGUAAUAGGUUUGUAAUGACCUGCUGCCAAUUGACUUCAUGUGUGUUUGAGAAAGUCCUAGAUCAUUGACCAGGUGCCCCCGUGAAGUAACCCAUACAUAUGGUGACUCAUUAUGCAUACUUCACACUUCAAGGAAAAUCCAACAUUGAGUGAAAAGUUUGCACACAUUUAUUUUUUGCAGCCCUGUAAUGUAUUUAAUAGAAAUAUUUAAAAUAAAACUUAAUAUUUUUUGUU